AUGAGCGUGGUGCGGUUAGAUGAAGACGACUUGGACGAGGAGGAUUUGGCCAUCUUGCGGGAAGUCGCCUCCAAAGGUUACUACCACAACCGGCCGAAGAAUUCCACCAACGCUCCAGCACCGCAGCGGUUGACCGAAGACAAGGCUCCGGUGGAUCCGGCGGCCGCAGCCGUGCCUGGCCUUUCCGCGGCCGGAACGGCCGGACGGAGGAGUUGUUUUGAUGCGUUUCAGGCCAAAUGGGACCGUUUCGACAACGACGCCUUCCUGGAGGAGCUGGGCGAACACUCGUCGCUGGAUGCGAACGACGCGACCACUCGUCCCGGGGGAGCGCCGACCGUGGUGGCAAAGCCGCCGGCGCAGCAUUUGAGAAGAUAUGCUGCGGAGUUCAAAAUCUUACUGCUGGGCGAGCGGGGUGUGGGCAAGACCGCCUUCCUCCUCCGCCACACCACCGGCGAGUUCGCUGUGGCACCCCCCGCGGGCGGUGCGCCGUUGGCGCUGCGCUUCAUGACCAACUGCGGAGAGCUGUGCUUCCAGGCGCCUGCGGAGAACGGUUGGUCUAGACAACAUGCAGUCGAACACACCGGUCAGUUGGUCCUGCGAAUCCUCAGUUGCGCAGUCAGUUGCUCGGUCGGUGGUUUUUCGUCACUGGCCGCGGUAUAG